AUGACACGACAACAUCGACCCCAUGUUCCUUUCACGACAUCUCCAUCACCUGUUCCUCCUUUUAAACAAAUCACAUCACCAGCAACACGUCAAUCUACUCUAUCGAUUGCUCCUUCUUUUUCAUCCCUUAAUGAUAACCUCAUUUCAAUUGACAAUGACACAAUAAAUAUUUAUCAAAAUCAAGAUCCUACUAUUCAGAAAAUUAAAAAUGUGUCACCACUAAACUCUAAAUAUCGACUGGACGAACAUAAUAUACUUUAUAAAAUUAUAACCCGGCCGAAUGGUCGGAUUCUUCAAUUACCUUAUGUUCCUGCUUCCUUAAUUCCUCAAGUAUUAUUACUGUAUCAUAACUCAACAUUAAAUGGAGGUCACUUUGGUAUUAAGCGUACUUUUUACAAGAUACGCGACCGUUUCUUCUGGCCAAAUAUGUACAAAGAUAUCGAACGACACAUUUUGUCUUGUAUUGAUUGUCGAAAGAAUAAACCCUCUCGUCGAAAACCUGAUGGUCAUUUGCAUUCAAUUGAACCUCCUCGGGGAGUUUGGGAGCGGCUUGCUAUGGAUUAUGUUGGUCCUGUUCCUCAAUCAAAAUCGGGUAAUAAAUAUUUUCUUGUACUCACCGAUUUAUUUUCGAAGUUCGUUAUCACCAAAGCCGUAUCCGAUAAUACAUCAACAACAGCUGCUCAAUUUCUAUUAUAUGAUGUUUUUAUGACUUACGGGGUUCCAUUUGAAAUUAUUACCGAUAACGGUAAACAUUUUUCUUCUUCUCUAUAUGAGUCCUUACUCAAGUUAACUAAAUGUUGUCAUAUUAAAACGACACCUUAUAACCCCCAAGCUAACGGUCAAUGUGAACGACAUAAUGCAACUCUGGUACCUAAUCUCGUUGCACUUUCCAACCAAUCUCGCUCUAAUUGGGAUGAUAAAUUAGUGGCUACUACUUUUAAUUAUAACGCUACUCGACAUGAUUCUACCGGUUAUACUCCAUUCGAAUUGAUGUUUGCACGCCAACCUCGUUUUCUAGCUGAUUUCUCCUCAUCAACUACAUCCAUUUGUCAUAAUAUUCCCCAGUAUCAUCAUACUAUGACAAAAUUUAUUGAGCAUGCGAAGAUUGCUGCUCGUCUCAACAACCUUCGACACCAACAAUCUUCUAAACAACGUUACGAUCGAUACCGCUCGAAUCCUCAAUAUUCUGUUGGUCAGUUAGUUCUAAUUCGUAACCGAGACCCACAUAUCAACAAGUUCUCUCCACGAUUCGUUGGACCGUACACAAUUAUCAAUCGCUUACAUGAUAAAACAUAUAUUGUUCACAAUGACUCUAGUGGUCAUCAAGCACAAGUACCUGUACACGAUAUACGCACCAUUAAUUAA